AUGUCAGAUUUUCCAGAAUUAGAAGACUUUAGUGGAACAGGACCAACAGGAACAGAUCCAACAUCCGAUUUUUUAUCAAGAGAAAGAGAAUUAUUAGGAGAAGAAUUUGGAGAAACACCUAAAGAUUAUUCUUCAAACCUUACAUCUAAUUUACAAAACCAAUCAGAAGAUCAAUUCGGUUUAAGUUCUUAUGAAGAUGAUAAUAUGGGACUUUCGAAUUCGAUCACUCAACCACAAAUCUCGGUAACCGGUGGUGGUAAUCAUCCAGAAGAUUUGAAUUCAUUUGAAGAACAGUAUCCUGAUUUAAGUCAAGAAGCCGCUUUAGCUCCGACUAAUGGUUUCAGUGCCCCUGCUCCUUCACUUUACGGAAAUCCUUCUACUCAAUCUUACUCUAAUACUCCAGCAGUUUACGCUCAAACUCAAAUGGAAGAAGAUUCUGAGCACAUCAAGAAAUGGCGUCAAACUCAGGCUGAAGAGAUUCAGAUCAGGGAUGAACGUAGUGCAGCCAAACGUGAAGAGACUAUCGCUGCAGCUGAAAAGGCAAUCGAUGAUUUCUAUCAUGGAUACAACACUCAAAAAGAGAAAAACAUAGCACGUAACAAGGAACAAGAGGCUACCUUCCUUCAAUCGAGAGUAGAUUUAUUAGGACAAGGUACAACCUGGCAACGGAUCACUGAUUUGAUCGAUUUACAAGAUUCAAGAUCAAAGACUACAUCUAAAUCGACUCAUGAUCUUUCUAGAUUUAAAGAAGUUUUAUUAAGUCUUAAACGUGAAGGUGAAACUGCACCUGGUGCUGCUGGUUAUUGA